AUGCGUCGCGUACCUGUCAGAGCCCUUCGGACGACAUUUCAAUGCACCGUCCGGGGCCUUGCUCGUACUAGUCGCCUGCGGCGUACCGUAUUUUCCCACCAUUCAAGCCAUUUUAAUGCUAGUCUUGGUGUUCGAUCCGCUGCUUCGUCCUCAGCUGCAACGUCGGCUGCAUCUACUUCAUCGUCCUAUACACGCCCCAACUAUGCGGUAAGCGAGCCCUUACGAUCCUCCAUGUACAUCCGCCGAUUUUCCUUCGCCAUUGUCUCUAGCCUAGUUGGCUACGGCGCCUGGUAUACAUACAAGGGAGGAAAUACCCUAGAGCAGGUUGGGGCUAAAUCAUACGCGACGGCACCAACGCAGUUAACGAAUAGCGCUGCCACAACGCGGAAUGUCCUUGUAGUUGGUGCCGAUGAAUUGCACACCGGAACUUUCGUCGGCGAAGGUCCGAUAGCGAAGAACGUUGACGGUAGUGGAAGAAACGUGCUAGAGAUGCUUACUCCGGACCAAGCCACCGAGAAACUACGCCAGAACGAGGCCUCGUUUCUGGUCAACCGCGGACAAGGUGUGCUACGAUAUGACGUCGUACAGGUUGCGAGCAAUAACCCGAUCGAGGAUGAUCAUGCAGAGAAGAUCGUGGAAGUGGCUUCACGGCAAGGCGAGAACACUGAUAAACACAUUGAUGACUGGAUGUUUUGGGGUGUUUUUGAUGGCCAUGCUGGUUGGACAACUUCGGCGAAGCUACGACAAACUUUGAUCAGUUUUGUCGCACGAGAGCUGAAUACUACAUACAAGGCCGCUGGAACUCUUGGAGCAGUACCGUCGCCAGAGGCUAUUGACGCUGCUAUUAAGCUUGGGUUUACGCGUUUGGAUCAUGAAAUUGUCCACGAGAGCGUAGAGAAGGUGUUGAAGUCUAACUCGAAGCGAGUUGCUGCCGAACUACUUGGUCCUGCUCUGUCCGGAUCUUGCGCUCUCUUAUCAUUUUAUGAUAGUAGUACCAAGACUCUACGAGUUGCCUGUACGGGUGACUCGCGGGCUGUCUUAGGCCGUCGUAGUUCCUCUGGAAAGUGGACGGCAACGGCUCUGUCCGAAGACCAGACCGGAAGCAAUCCUAACGAGGUAGCGCGGAUGCGAAAGGCUCAUCCGGGGGAGGAUCGUGUUAUUCACAACGGUCGUGUCCUUGGUGGUCUUGAGCCAACUCGAGCUUUUGGCGAUGCUAGCUAUAAGUGGAGCAAGGAAGUUUCUGAGCGCCUCCAAGCAUCAUUCUUUGGUCGCAGCUCCUCGCCUCAUCUCAAGACCCCUCCUUACGUGACAGCCGAGCCCGUGGUCAGUACAACCAAAAUUCAACCCGAAAAGGGCGACUUCUUAGUUAUGGCGACGGACGGGCUUUGGGAGAUGCUUACUAACGACGAGGUGGUCGGACUCGUCGGUAAGUGGAUCGAGACGCAAGCGACAGAGCAGUCCUCGAAGUCUCAGCUGGGCUCUGUGUGGGCCAAACUUUUCGGCCCCGGCCGAGACCUUCCCGUAGAAGCCGGUAAGGAGGCAGGACCUGACGGCCAGAAGACCCCAAUUCGAUUACGACAAUGGGGCAUCUCUCCCGACGAGAAGGAGCGGUUCGUCGUAAAAGACAAGAAUGUCGCUACGCAUUUAAUCCGCAAUGCCCUCGGCGGCAGAAACGAGGAGCAGGUAUGCGCGUUACUUACGUUAGUCUCGCCGUUUUCGAGAAGAUACAGGGAUGACCUAACAGUGCAGGUUAUCUUCUUCGGCGAUGGUCCGAAAACUGGUGCGGUGCUCGUUAAUGAGGAGGCAUCGAGCAUUCCUCAGGCAGCAAUCAAGGCGAGGCUAUAA